AUGUCCGUGCACCUAGGGAAAGAUGCCCGCUGGGAAUCCAGCUUCCUCGCUUUCAUGUACCGGCAGUUCUUCUACCGGCCCAAACCGAUAACAGCAGACCUGUCAGGGCAGACAGCGAUUAUUACCGGCGCAAAUGUGGGCCUGGGCUUCGAAGCGGGCCGCCAGCUCCUGGGACUGGGGCUUUCCCGCCUGAUCCUCGCCUGUCGAUCCCAGGUCAAGGGCGAUGCGGCGGCUGCCACGCUGCGCAAGGAGCACCCGUCCGCCAAGAUCGAGGUCUGGCUGCUGGACAUGAGCUCUUACGCCUCCAUCAAAGAAUUUGUCAAGAGGUGUGCUGGGGACGAGCUGCAGCGGCUGGACAUAGCCAUCCUCAACGCCGGCGUACAGAAUACAGAGCUCAUCAAGAGUGAGCAGACGGGGUACGAGACCACGUUCCAGGUGAACUACGUGUCGACGGCGCUGCUCUCUAUUUUGUUGCUCCCGGUCUUGUGGGAGAAGAGAGCGUCGGGCCGGCCGGCGAGGCUCAGUAUCAUCGGCUCGGACACGCAGUACUGGGCGAGAGUGGAUCCCGCUGGUGGGCCGAUCUUGCCACGAAUCGCCGCACCGGCCAAGUUUGAAAGCAUGAACCAGUAUGCGACAACCAAGCUCCUCCUCAUGGGAUUUGUCAUGAAGCUGGCCGAAAGUAUUGACCCGGAGGUGGUGAUCGUGAAUGUUGUGAAUCCGGGUUUGACGGCUAGUACCGAUAUAUCCAAGGGCACCCCGCCGUCGCUGGCUUUCCGGACUUUUCUGAUGCUCACGGGGCGGAGCUUGGAGUGGGGUGCGGAUACUUAUGUUGAAGGGGUCGUUGUGAAGGGCAAGGAGAGCCAUGGGUCCUUUGUCAGCGACUGGACCAUCAAGCCGUUCCCUACAAUAUACUACACGGAGGAAGGUGUUGAGAUGAAGGAUCGACUUUGGGAGGAGACCAUGGAGGAGCUUAACUUUGUGGGGGCGUCCGGUAUUGUCUCCAAGCUGGCAAAUGCAAAGCUCUGA